AUGUCCAAAACAAAAGGCACUCCCGUCCUCGAGACAUCGAUGGGCACGAUCUCGUUCGAGAUGUACGCCGACCACGCGCCCAAGACCUGUCGCAACUUUGUCGAGCUCUGCAACAAGGGCUACUACUCGGGCACCGUGUUCCACCGCAUCAUCGGGGACUUUAUGGUACAGGUAAGGGAAGGCUUCAUUGGUCAGGAGUAUGAGAUGCAUCCGCUGAAUCCACACGUGCUUAUCCCGUUCGUAGGGAGGUGAUCCGACGGGGACAGGGCGAGGAGGAACGAGCAUCUAUGGCGCAUCAUUCGAGGAUGAGAUCGUGCGUACUACCGCAACACGGUAUAUCUUCUUAUGCAUUCUCCCUCCUGACCACUCUGACCCUCCUUCAGCACCCUGAACUGCGCUUCACCGGAGCCGGGAUCCUCGCCAUGGCCAACGCUGGGCCGAACUCGAACGGCAGUCAAUUCUUCAUUACAUUAGGUGGGUCCAAACGCAUAUUCUUAUUAUUACCCUCUUUCUACCUCAUAGACUGACUCCCAACCUAUCGCGCUCGACUUUCAGCCCCUGCACCCUCACUCGACAAGAAGCACACCAUUUUCGGCCGAGUACUCACAGGGAUGAGCGUCGUACAGAGGUUGGGUUCCGUAGCCGUAGAUGCAGACGACAGGUGCGUCUCAACUCGAUAUCAGAAAUAUGGCCCCUCACCCAUUGGGUAG